AGCUUGUAAAACUCAGAUUUCUUAUAACUUUGCUUAUUCCAAUAAAAUCAGAGACUGGACAAGAAAUCUUAGAUAAUACAGUUAGUGAAACCACAAAAGCUCUUCAAACAAAAAAUCUUCAAAAAAGAAAUCAGAAUGAUAAUAAUGAAAACAUACAAUCUAAUAAUGGUGACAAUUCAAUUAAUUCUUUAACUGACACAUCCUCAUCACCUUUCUCUUCUAAUGUAAAUAUUUCUACCAAUUUUGGAACCUUGGACCAAUAUGUAAUUCGUAAUUUAAAUGGAAAUAAACAGCAACAAUGGUG